AUGGCUCGUCUUUCAGGAUUGCAGAGAGAGGUCCUCAAGCUCUACCGUGCGUGCAUUCGCUCGGUUCAUACCAAGCCCGUGGAAAACAGAGCCCAUUGGAGAAAAUACGUCCGGGACGAGUUCACCAAGAAUAGAAACAUCCCCAAGAAACUGUUCAGUGUGAUUGAGCACUUGAUCCGAGUGGGCCACAGACGGUUCGAGUUGUACCUGAGUCCUCACAUCAAGGACAUUCACUAG